AUGGGUCGCGGUCUCCGCGGCGACGCCGCCGCGAUGACGAGGAGAAUGGCAGACGGGAAGGACGGUCCAUCCAAAGAGAUCGGCACCAUCGCUAUGAUCGAAGCGCAAGUCCUGAACCCCGCCGUCGGCGUUCGCGUAGUCGAAGUCCACAAGGACAACCUAGAUACCCUCCACAAGCGUCCCCGUGCGUCAUCGCCCUCUCAUCCAUCAUCAUCCCGCUCAAAUGUGCCGUCAUCCCGAGCCCCGCCUCGACGCAUCGCGCCAAACGUCGGGCUGCUCGGUCGCCUCAUGCAAUCGACGGCCAAGUCGCGGGACAAAGAAGACGAGCGGGAGCGUCAAGUGGCCGAUCAAAAGCUCGCCGCGCUCCUGCCCCCUCGUCGAUAA